AUGGCACUCUUUUCUUCCCUAACCCCAGUCUUUAUAGCCAUUAUAUGUGUUUUGAUUGGGGUAAUACUGAAGAAGUCUAAUGGAGAGAAGGAAAAACGUGAGACUAAAAGCAAGCCCCUAUCUCGCCCAUGGGUAGAUGAAGAUUUAAAAGAUGGCACUGACCACCCUGUAGAGGAAGAAGAGGUUGAUGAAGAGUGGCAAGGACUUAAUGAAAAUGUUGCCCACAUCCCCUUCUUUGCGGACAGCUACUCUGAGGCUGAAAUGAUUAAAAGGUCACAGGCCUUUUAUGAACUUCUCAAUAAGAGGAGGUCUGUCAGGUUUCUCAGUGAUGAGCCGGUCCCCAGGGAGGUUAUCGAUAAUGUCAUCAGAACAGCAGGUACUUCACCCAGUGGAGCGCACACUGAGCCCUGGACCUUUGUGGUGGUAAAGGAUCCAGAUGUAAAACAUAAGAUUCGGGAGAUAGUAGAAGAAGAAGAAGAAAUAAACUACAAAAAAAGGAUGGGAGACAAAUGGGUUAAUGACCUGAAGAGACUAAGAACAAAUUGGAUUAAAGAGUACUUGGACACUGCUCCCUAUCUGAUCCUCAUUUUCAAGCAGGUAUAUGGGAGGCUUCCAAAUGGCAAAAAGAAGACCCACUACUACAAUGAAAUCAGUGUUUCUAUUGCCUGUGGCAUCUUGCUUGCUGCUCUGCAGAAUGCAGGCCUCUACACCGUGACCACCACUCCCCUCAACUGUGGCCCCCACCUCCGGGCGCUGCUCCGGCGCCCAGCGAACGAGAAGCUGCUCUUGCUGCUCCCCGUGGGCUAUCCGAAGAGAGAUGCCACCGUGCCUGUGCUGACCCGAAAGCCACUGGAAGACAUCAUGGUGGUCGUGUGAGCCCAGUGCCACGAAGAACGAGCACACCCUACUGCCAGAUAGUAAGCAGCAGCCCGCUGACCUGGGUGCUGCUUUUCCUGUGUAUUGAUGCCCAGAUUUCAUGGUCAUAUGUCACUGCUGCUCUGGCUGUUUAGAUCUGCAUGUCUUUUAGUGCUAAUAAUCAGGGUGACUGCUUCUACUAAUAGCAGCAAGCAGUCAAGCACCGUGUGCUUGACAGGUGCUAUAUUAUCAGUGAACCUAGCCAGUUCUUCCAGUGGAUACAUACAAUAGCAUUUAAAUGAC